AAUAGACAUGGCUUCGCUUUCUGCACAUAUUUUAUAGUAAAAGGAUUUGAUUGUUCUUUAUGUUUGAAAAGAUAAUGUCUAUUCACAUAGCAAAUGGUUUCCACGUAACUAGUUACGCCGCUUUGGCUAUUCUGAUGCAGAACUAUACUUUGGACUGGCAAAACUUGAGCCAAAACGGAUCGUUGCUUGAAGAGGAAGAAUACUACGACCAUCAAGUAGAUAUUUUUACCAGCCUACCAGGACUUAAAGCCAUCUUCUAUGCUAUUUAUAUCGCUAUUUUUGCCAUCGGAAUCUGCGGAAAUGUGCUGGUAUGCUAUGUAGUGUUCCGCAAUAAAUCUAUGCAGACAGUCACAAAUUUUUUCAUCACCAAUCUGGCUUUGUCAGACAUUCUUUUGUGCAUGUUUGCUGUACCGUUUACUCCUCUUUACAUGUUCAUGAGAGAAUGGAUUUUCGGCCAGAUUUUAUGUCACUUGGUUCCUUAUGCGCAAGGUGUGAGUGUUUAUAUAUCAGCAUUCACAUUAAUGUCCAUUGCUAUAGAUCGAUUUUUCGUGAUCAUCUAUCCUUUCAAGCCGAGGUUGCAGGUCACCUACUGUUAUCUGAUCAUCAUCUUUGUUUGGCUGUUGGCUGGAUUACUUACUCUCCCAUACGGUAUUUUCAUGGACUUGAUACCUACUGAGAAAGGGCUAUACUGCGACGAAGUGUGGCCACAUGAAACGAGCAGAAAGGCUUUCGGAUUCUCAACUUCAAUACUACAGUUCGUGAUUCCUUUUAUCAUCAUAACUUUCUGCUAUAUGAAAGUAUGCAUCAAGCUGAAGAACCGCGCUAGGACAAAGCCAGGAGCCAAGUCCAUCAAGAAAGAGGAGAUGGAACGGGAGCGUACUCGGCGAACCAAUCGGAUGCUGAUCACAAUGGUUGUGAUCUUCGGUGCUUCGUGGCUGCCCAUUAAUAUAUACAACUUGAUCAUUGAUUUUUACAUACCAGCGGCCUCUUGGACAUUCUUGAAUGUUAUUUUCUUCCUCUCUCAUGCAGCAGCUAUGAGUUCUACUUGCUAUAACCCCUUUCUCUAUGCUUGGCUCAAUGAAAAUUUUAGGAAAGAGUUCAUGGUUGUGCUUCCUUGCUUUCAUUCCAAUACUGUGGCUGCAAAUCCUUCAUCCAGAAGAGGUGCAAGUGCAAAGACCGACAAAUCUUGCAAUGGCCACGAAAAUGUGACACUUCUGCCGAUGAAGGAACUAGCGAAUAAGGAUAGAAAAUUGCAAAAGGAUCGCAUUGCUGCGGUAAAAAAUAACACUUCGGUCACGGAUACGGUUAGAAUUAAUGUCACUAGCAACGAUCUCGAUCUUGUUUUUUAAGGGGGCUUAUACACCUUAACCCCUUAUGAGCUUCGAAUUACAUGACUGCUGCAAAAAUUGAGAUAUUUUAUU